AUGUCGUCCACAAUAGACAAAAUAACCCACAUGAUCAUCUCUUUAGAUGUUGAAAAAGCUCUUGACAAAUUUCAGCAUCUCUUCAUUAUUAAAAGUCUUGGAGACAAUGAAGAAGCUGAGCCUGUAGGUUUUGUCAGUUUUGACAGUCGCUCAGAAGCAGAGGCUGCAAAGAAUGCUUUGAACAGCAUCCGCUUCGAUUCUGAAAUCCCGCAAACACUACGACUAGAGUUUGCUAAGGCAAACACGAAGAUGGCCAAGAACAAGCUCGUAGGGACUCUGAACCCCAGUACUCCAUUGCCCAACACUGUACCUCAGUUCAUUGCCAGAGAGCCAUAUGAGCUCACAGUGCCUGCACUUUACCCCAGUAGCCCUGAAGUGUGGGCCCCAUACCCUCUGUACCCAGCAGAGUUAGCGCCUGCUCUGCCUCCUCCUGCUGCUUUCACCUAUCCCGCCUCACUGCAUGCCCAGAUGCUCUGGCUCCCUCCCUCCGAGGCUACUUCUCAGGGUUGGAAGUCCCGACAGUUCUGCUGAAGGCUGUGUCUCGGGUGUGUGAUGGCGGCUGCAAUCUGUCUUGUGGGUAUUAAUGCGAUCUUCACUGGUGGCGACUGUCAUCCAGCUGUUCUGCAGAACUGGAGCUUUGCUGGUUUGAAAACGCCUUGCCCAGUUUUGAUCUCUUCAAGACUUUGCUACAGC